CGGCGGCGGUGGCGGCGGCGGCGGCGGUGGCGGCGGCACCAUGGGCCGGGCCCGGCGCUUCCAGUGGCCGCUGCUGCUGCUGUGGGCGGCCGCGGCGGGGCCAGGAACGGGACAGGAAGUGCAGACAGAGAAUGUGACAGUGGCUGAGGGUGGGGUGGCUGAGAUCACCUGCCGCCUGCAUCAGUACGAUGGGUCCAUUGUCGUCAUCCAGAACCCAGCCCGGCAGACCCUCUUCUUCAACGGCACCCGAGCUCUGAAAGACGAGCGAUUCCAGCUGGAGGAGUUCUCCCCGCGUCGAGUGCGCAUCCGGCUCUCCGACGCCCGCCUGGAGGACGAGGGGGGCUACUUCUGCCAGCUCUACACGGAGGACACCCACCACCAGAUCGCCACGCUCACUGUCCUGGUGGCUCCAGAGAAUCCCGUGGUGGAGGUCCGAGAGCAGGCGGUGGAGGGCGGCGAGGUGGAACUCAGCUGCCUGGUUCCGCGGUCGCGCCCCGCCGCGGUCCUGCGCUGGUAUCGCGAUCGCAAGGAGCUGAAAGGAGUGAGCAGCGGCCAGGAGAACGGCAAAGUGUGGAGCGUGGCAAGCACCGUGCGCUUCCGCGUGGACCGCAAGGACGACGGCGGCAUCGUCACUUGUGAAGCGCAGAACCAGGCGCUGCCCUCGGGACACAGCAAGCAGACGCAGUACGUGCUGGAUGUGCAGUACUCGCCCACUGCGCGGAUCCACGCCUCGCAAGCCGUGGUGAGGGAGGGAGACACCCUGGUCCUGACGUGUGCCGUCACAGGGAACCCCAGGCCAAGCCAGAUCCGCUGGAACCGCGGGAAUGAGUCUCUGCCGGAGAGAGCAGAGGCGGUGGGUGAGACGCUCACCCUGCCUGGCCUAGUAUCCGCAGAUAACGGCACCUACACCUGCGAGGCGGCGAACAAGCACGGCCACGCGAGGGCGCUCUACGUGCUUGUGGUCUACGACCCCGGGGCAGUGGUAGAGGCCCAGACAUCCGUUCCCUACGCCAUUGUGGGCGGCAUCCUGGCGCUACUAGUGUUUCUGAUCAUUUGUGUGCUAGUGGGCAUGGUCUGGUGCUCCGUCCGACAGAAGGGCUCCUAUCUGACCCACGAGGCCAGUGGCUUGGACGAGCAAGGAGAAGCCAGGGAAGCCUUCCUCAACGGCAGCGAUGGACACAAGCGGAAAGAGGAAUUCUUCAUCUGACCCCACCUCCCCACUGCCAGCUGCAAGGAACCAGCAAAGACAUUGACCAGAGUCCGGGAUGGUGGGCUUC